AAUCAGCUUUAAGCUUGAUUAAACUCGUAUUCUGUCGGUUGUUAUUUGUUUUUACAGGGAGUGGGUUCAUUUUUCUGGAGACGCGUUUGCUGUCAGAAUAAUAGCGAACGACUGGGGUCGUAUUUUGUAGUGUUUUAUGAUAAUUAGAGAUGUUUUAAUACCAGUCAUUUGGGGUUUUUUUAACAGUAAAACAAGUCGCAAUGCGAGAUUACAGUGGAGUCUUCCCUCCAUUUAUCGUCGUGGUUACAGAGGCAAAGCUGUAAGAAGCUCUGUAACAACAAUUUGUAUUUAGCCGCCUUUAACUUGUUACUCUUAAAUCAAUUCCAUUGGAACAUUGGACAAGGCGUAUAUAGAUGUGAAGGGCCAUUAACACUACUUAUCACCAUUUCCAGGGUAAAUUGUGUUAAUGGCUAAUGGCAUUAUAAUGCCGUGGUAAUGUUAUCUGCAGGGAUCAGGAAGUUGACCAGAGUUAAUUGAACCAGGGGAUGGACUUCACAGAGUGCUAUGAAGACACAGUGUCCAGUGUUGCUGCAGCAGCCCGCUCUGGCUGCAGGAGGCGGCUGAGGAGGCUGAUCCACAGAGGAUGCAGCGUGGACAGCCGGGAUAACCGCGGCUGGAACCCUCUGCAUGAGGCGGCAGCAGCUGGCAGUAAAGACUGUGUGGAGGAAAUAUUGUCUGCAGUAAGUGAAAGCUCCUCCAGAUGUCAUCGUGAUUAUGUGAACACGCUGACUCACGAGGGGGAAUCAGCAUGUUACCUGGCAGCGCAGCGAGGACACCUGGCGGUGGUCCGACUCCUCCUGAAAGCGCACGCUGACCUCAACCAGCUGACUAAUGACCUGUCCUGUCCUUUAUAUGCAGCCGUGGACAACGGGCACACGGAGGUUGUGAAGCUGCUGGUCAGGAAAGGAGCACAGGUCAACAGGAUACACACAGCGUCCUGGUGGACCUGUCUACAUCAAGCUGUUUACAAGGGUCACAGCGACAUCGUUCGUAUUCUUGUUGACGUUUGCAACCUCGAAGCGCACGAUGACCACAAGAUUUCGCCGCUGUUCGUGGCAGCACAGUAUGGACAGAAGGAGUCCCUGGAGCUCCUUAUUAAUGCUGGUGCCACUGUGAACACGCAGGCAGCUGAUCUGGCGACGCCGCUGCUGAUUGCCUCCCAGGAAGGCCACCGGGCUUGCGUGGAUCUCCUGCUGGAUCACGGCGCCGAUCCGAACAUGGCCUGCAGCAAAGACUGGCCUCAGUUUCCUAUUCAUGCUGCUGCUGAGUUUGGCCAUAUCAGUAUUCUGCAAAGGCUGAUAGAGGUCACCGACAGGACGUGUGACCGGGGAGAACGCAUGGUCAGUCCGCUGUAUGUGGCCAUCCACAGCGACCAGACCAGCAGCAUCCAGCUGCUGUUAAAGGAAGGUUACAGCCCAGACGCUCAGGACUAUGCAGACAUUCUGGGUUUCCCUUCUCCGCUCUCGCUGGCAUUAUAUCAUACAUCCACCAAACCCUGCAGUGAGUCCAUAAAGCUGCUGCUCAACGCAGGAGCAACUUUGAAUGCAGAGGAAUGGACUUGCGCCCUAGCCACUGACAGAACGGACCCGCUGGAGCUGAUUCUGGACCACAGGUGGAUCCCUCGGCCAGAGGCGUUUUCAAAGGGCUUUUUGGUACCGCAUCAUCAUGGGAAGAUAAUAUUAAAGCUAAAGGAGCUGAGGGAACUGGUCUGUGUAGCACUGAGUCAAGUGGACUUUGCUUCCAGUUAUCUUUCCAUACUUCUGAACAAAGGACUUGAACCAUCUCUGUUGCUGCACCCCCACAUGCUGGAGAAGGCAGACAGUGAUGUGCUCAACUAUCUGCUUGAGUUUGUAAACUGGUCGACUCUUUCUCCUUCUCUGAAGAUUAUUUUGGACCAGAGGCGAGCAGAGAAGACCUGGGAGCCACACACUUACUUUGAUUCAGUUCCCUGUCUUUCCCACCUCUGCCGACUGAAGGUUCGCGAAGUGCUGGGGCCAGAUCAGCUGAUGAGGACCAAUGUAGUCCAGCAGCUAGCCGUUCCCACUCCACUUCACGAUUUUCUGAAAUUUAGGGACAUCCAAGAACUGUCCAGCACGCGACCCCCACCAUCACCUGUUAUAAAUCGCAUCGAAAGAUACCGCAGCACACACGAACACAGACAUGUUGUGUAAAUCUGUUUUAGUGCUUGUCAUUUUGUCACUCAUGCUGGUUAAAGGUGUUAAGAUCCAUCUUUCGCAUGGAAAUACCACUCUUAAUGGGACCCACAGAGAUUCUUGUCCAAGCCCUCACAUCCAAGAUGUAUUUACACCGUUCCGUCUCAUGAAAACAUUCCAAAUGACUCCCUAUGUUGUUACUGGUUUACUAAAAUUCAGGGUUUUCGGCUGUUAAAAGUGGUGAAGAAAAUAAAAAAUUCUAUUUUCAGUAAUAUUUUUGCCUA